CCACUUGACUCACUCCGCUAAACUUCAGAAUGGAGCCGAGGGGAGGAAAAAGCUGUUAGUUGGCACCGUUAGCGGAGAGAAAGUCGCACCGUCCAUGUCUUUAAAACAAACAUCGACCCGCUGACAAAAAAAAAAAACAACUACCGACAGCAAUGUCGCGAGAAAACACCACGCGGAGCCUGGACAGUAUAGACCUCGCGGCUUUAAGAGAUCCAGCAGGCAUCUUCGAGCUGGUUGAGGUGGUGGGCAAUGGAACCUACGGGCAGGUAUACAAGGGUCGCCAUGUCAAGACUGGUCAGCUGGCAGCUAUCAAAGUCAUGGAGGUCACAGAGGAAGAAGAGGAGGAGAUAAAGCUGGAGAUUAAUAUGCUGAAGAGUUAUUCCCAUCACAGAAACAUUGCUACUUAUUAUGGUGCCUUCAUUAAAAAAGGACCUGCGGGACAGGACCACCAACUUUGGUUAGUGAUGGAGUACUGUGGUGCUGGCUCUGUGACAGACUUGGUGAAAAAGACUAAAGGAAACUGUUUGAAAGAGGACUGGAUUGCCUACAUCUGCAGAGAGGUGCUAAGGGGUCUUUCCCAUCUUCACUCUCAUCAUGUGAUCCACCGAGACAUAAAGGGACAAAAUGUUUUGCUCACGGAGAACGCCGAGGUCAAACUGGUUGACUUUGGAGUCUCGGCUCAGUUGGACAAGACGAUUGGUCGAAGGAACACUUUCAUUGGUACUCCCUAUUGGAUGGCUCCAGAGGUCAUUGCCUGUGACGAGAAUCCGGACGCCACCUACGACUACAGAAGCGAUCUUUGGUCAUUAGGCAUCACUGCACUGGAGAUGGCGGAAGGAGCUCCUCCUCUCUGCGACAUGCAUCCAAUGAGAGCUCUGUUUCUGAUUCCUCGAAACCCCGCGCCCAGACUCAAAUCGAAGAAGUGGUCGAAGCGUUUCUUGUCGUUCGUCGACAGCUGCCUGGUCAAAAACCACAUCCACCGACCCGCCACAGACGCUCUGCUGAAGCACGCCUUCAUCAGGGACCUGGCAAACGAGAGGCAGGUCCGCAUCAUGCUGAAGGACCACCUGGACAGAACCAGGAAGAAGCGAGAGAAGGAGGAUCCGGGCUACGAGUACAGCGGCAGUGAGGAUGAAGAAGAUGAGGUCGCAGAGGAGGAAGGCGAACCCAGCUCCAUAGUGAACGCUCCCGGGGAAUGGACGUUACGACGGGAGUUUCUACGGUUACAGACAGAAGAUCGCCAAGGAGGCAGAGAGGGGGAUUAUGGAGGAGGAAGAGGAGGAGGAGGAGCUCAACAACGACAACAGCAGCAGCAGCACCGGCAGCAGCUGGCUGAGCAGGAGCGGAUCAAGCAGAUUCUGGCCGACCGACAGAGGCGGAUCCAGCAGCAGCAGGAGCAGCGGCAGAAGCUGGAGAACCAGCAGAAGCAGCAGCUGACGGAGUGCGCCUUUCAGUGGGCGGAGCUUCAGGAGGUUUUUAUGGGGGAGGAGUCUGAUCUCCAUGACAACAGAAUCCUACUGGAGGAGAAAAACAGGAAGUGUGACAGGAGACAGGAUCAUGCUGGCAGACAGCGGAGCGACAAUGUGUCAGUAAGGCCUCUGGACUCCACAGCGGAGCAGAGAGCCGUGGCUCCCAACCCGCUGCUUCAGCACAAGUCCCAGCAUUCACAGCUUCAGCCUAAGCCCCAGCCUCAGCCUCAGCCUCUGGCUCAGCGUCAGCAGCCCUCGGCGAGUCGGAGGUCCCACCGCACGCUGCCCAAAGACCAAACCCAGCUCCUGUCACUGCAGCACGACCACAGGCAGAAGGAGAAGCAGCGGCAGAGGGAAGCGCCGGUGGCCCCAGUCCAGAAGUUAUCAGUUUUUAGUGGCCACAAAGCUGCUGCUGCUGCAGGCUCACCUGGCCGCCCUGCAAACACCCAGCGCACCGCGAUGGAGCUCCAGGAAUCCCAGUUGGCCAGGGUGCUGUUGGCUGCCGGGCUUCCCAGUCAGAUGCACUCCAGGCUGGGCUCUGGAAGCAACUCCAGUCCUUGUACCCCCGCCAUGCAGAGAGCUCACUUCAGCCAGAAUGCCAAUCUCAUCUCCUGCCGCGACGCCCCUCACAGCAGCUCAAUGUCAGACAUGGCCAUCUCCCUGCUGUCCCCUUUCUCCCCCGUGUCCCCGAUCGACGACGUCUUCUGGGACUCCGAGGCCCCGCCUAAAGUCCCAGAACGCACAACUUCAAAAUUUUACUGCAGAGAGCUGGUGAUGGGACACAAGAGGACGGCUUCGAGUGGCAGUCCGGUGUCGGUGGCAGACCGGAGCGGAAGGUCUGCGUCUCAAGGAGGCCCCUGGUCAAGCAGGAACCACCCAGGCCUGGUCAAGCUUGAAAGUCCUCUGCUGCAGCACCGCCUGCAGCAGCACAGGAAGACUGACGACACAUCCAGUGGACAUGCACAAGGAGUAAAAGCUGCUCUGGGGCGGCGUAACAAGGCCACCGAAUACUCCUCGUCCAGUGACGAGUUCGGCAGCAGCGACGAUGAGGAAAGAACCAGGUCCGGCCUGUCCAACGGAAAAGGGAAGUACUUCAGAGGAAUCCCCGACGGCAUCGUCCUGCAACCUCACCACAAUCUUAACCAGAUGUCCCGAUUGGGUUCGGAUGACACCUACCUGCUGCCGGACCUCCUGCAGAAAACCUCCAGUCCGGCGCACAACGCUCUGAGCCAGCACCGCACACGAGAACUGAACUACUCACUUUCACCCACGGCUCCCGGAUCCCCAACUCUGCAGGACCUGCAUGUGAGCUCAGUCAAACUAAACCAAAAGGCUGUUAGCAGUCCAUCUGGAAAAAGCACCUGCUCUUCUUCCUCUUUGUCCUUCAUCGACCCAAGACUGAUCCCCAUAUCAUCCCCUCCACAGAGUCCAACAGGUAUGAAGGGUGAGCCCAUAAAGAGGGAAUUUCACAGAAAGGGCUCUGUGGUGAACGUCAACCCCACCAACAUACGACCGCAGAGCGACACUCCAGAGAUCCGCAAAUACAAGAAGAAAUUCAACGCUGAGGUCCUGUGUGCCGGACUAUGGGGUGUGAACCUGUUAGUGGGGACGGAAAACGGCCUGUGGCUGCUGGAUCGGAGCGGCCAAGGGAAGGUCUACUCACUCAUCAGCAGACGAAGGUUUCAGCAGAUGGAUGUACUGGAGGGACUUAAUGUCCUGAUUACGAUAUCAGGCAAAAAGAACAAGCUCCGUCUGUACUACCUGUCCUGGUUAAGGAACAAGAUUCUCCAUAACGACCCAGACGUGGAGAAGAGGCAGGGCUGGACCUCAGUAGGUGACUUGGAGGGCUGCGUACACUAUAAAGUGGUGCGAUAUGAGAAGAUCAAGUUCUUGGUGAUUGCGUUGAAGAACGCGGUGGAGGUGUACGCCUGGGCUCCCAAACCCUACCACAAGUUCAUGGCCUUCAAGUCCUUCAGGUCCCUGCCUCAAAAACCGCUGUCUGUCGACCUGACCGUGGAGGAAGGUCAAAGGUUAAAGGUCAUCUACGGCUCACUGUCUGGUUUCCACGCCAUCGAUGUUGACUCUGGAACUCCGUACGACCUCUACCUGCCCACGCACAUCCAGGGUCCCGUCCAUCCUCACGCCAUCAUCAUUUUGCCCAACAAAGCCGGGACCGAGGUUCUGGUUUGCUACGAAGACGAGGGCGUCUACAUCGACACGUACGGCCGCAUCACCAAGGAUACGGUGCUGCAGUGGGGCGAGAUGCCAACAUCUGUCGCCUACCUUCAGUCCAACCAGGUGAUGGGGUGGGGAGAAAAGGCCAUAGAGUUGAGGUCGGCCAACACGGGGAACCUCGACGGAGUGUUCAUGCACAAAAAGGCCCAGAAACUCAAGUUCCUGUGUGAGAGGAAUGACAAGGUGUUCUUUGCUUCGGUGCAGUCCGGCGGCAGCAGCCAGAUCUACUUCAUGACGCUCGGACAGAACUCUCUGUUCAGCUGGUAGCCAGCGAACCUGCUGACCGCUGGCGUCCGUCUUGUCGAUUCUGUGCUCGCGUGAUGAUUAGAUUUGUGCUGACCAACGUUGAUCUUCAGGAUUGAAGGAUUAUAACCCCGGGUCUAUUCGGCCUGAUCCCGCUUCGACGUGAACUGGAUCGCGGGUCUUUCUGCUUGAAUCCACCGAUCGGGCUCCCACAGCACGACACUCGAGAGAUUCAGAGAAAGGUGACUUAACCGCUGCGCCCCCUGUUGGCGUGGAUUGUCGGUAGGUAGAGCCUGGCUAGCUGCCCGUGCCUUUUGUGAGAACGCAGCGAAUCUUUACGGCGUUGCUGUCUCAUCGACAUGUAGCAAAAGAACAUCCAAACUUGGAAGUGUAAACAUUUCACAAUACGCUCCUGGACGAUUGAAGUUUUCAUUUGUCAGAUCAUUUUCGAUUCAGUCAAUUGUGAUUGAUUUUGGGACGUCUUCUCAAAAUACUUUUUUAUUAUUAUUAUUAUUAUUUCUAGAUCAGUGCUGCCUGUUUAUAAUACCUCAAAGAUGUUUAUUAUCCAUGAAGACUUCUAGAUGACCCCGAUACGACCAAUUUCUAUAAUUUAUUAAUCGAUACACGAACGAUGAAGUGUAUCCUUUUUUGUUAGGAUUAUGACUCCACAAUUCACAUAUGAAUCCCUUUAUCUGGAGAAAAAACUAACAACUAACUUGAUUGAAUUAAUUGAUAAGCACUUUAAAAAAAUAAAAUAAAAUCUUAAAUACACAUCAGUGCGUAUUUACUACGCUCCACUGCGUAGUUUGUGUUAAAUUUCUAUGUCUUCUAGUAUUUUCCUAUCAGUUUCCAUAACUUCUAGAGCGAAGUUAUUCUGUCCAUCCCAGAACUUAAACUCAUCGUUUCUGCGUAAUGAGGACCAAAAACAAAAGUUUUGAGAUGAAGGACAGUGACAGCCCCAUUGUUGCUUUUCUGGUGUCUAUUGUACAGCUUACGAUGUACAUAUCUAUCUAAAAUGCACUGUUUUCUAAGUGUUUUACAAAUGCCAAGCCAUCUUUAUUUACGUGUACAGAAACAUGGGCUUAUUAAUGUGAAAUUUGACCUCAGAACAAACUAUUUGUGUGUUACUUUUGUGAUUUCUGAAUGUUUGUGAGUGUGAGUAAGAGCCACUGACAGUACAGCUCUUGUUCAGGUUCCACCAACAUUUAUUAAAGCAUAGGUGCUUUAAUAAUUUUUUUUUUUUUUUUGGUUGACUUUCUCCUGAUGCGUAUAAAUCAGGUGUUUUGCACAAUAACCAUGAUACCGGUGUUUGCUCCUAUACAUCCUGCUUUAAGUUGAAAUAAUGUUUUCAAAGGAAGAUAUAUGAAGCCGUUGAAGUUCCUGGUAUCCAUCAGUAUUUGUUUUACUGUCAAAUAUGACACGUACUAAUGUUUCUGACAGGAUUUUUGUUUGUUUCGAUCCCUUUAAUGUACUUCAUCCCGUCCCCUUACGAUGCAAAGUGUUGCAUUUUCAAAGCGUUGUGUCCUGUUGUUUUGAUUUCAGCAACAGAAAAAAAACAAAAGAGAAGGAGAGAUUUAUUGUAUUUGUUUUACUAAGUUUAACUUUAAAAAUUGGCAAAGACAACUAGGCGAUUUCCCGUUUUGUAAGAAAGAGACUGAGAUCAGUUUGAAGAAUAUUAUAAUGUUGUACAGAAUAUGCUAACCAAAUCAUGGACCUGAAAAUUUGUCCGAGGCCAUUGUGCGAUGAAAACUUCGCCAAAAAAACGUUUUCAUUGUGUAUACAUACCAGCCUCAGGCUUUGCUUGCGUUGCUUUGUACGUUCCGCUGCUGGUUUUCACUUUAAAUUUUGUCAGAUUAUUGCCAAAUAUUUUUUUGUAGUCAUUAAUAUUUGUAGGUAGAUUUAAGUAUAAACUUGAAAAUGCAGCUGGUUCUGUGAGAAUAUUGUAACCUCAACAAAAACAGAUCUUACUGGGUGUUGAACGUUUUAUUGCUAACUUUUUAUUAAAUGUCUUGCGUUUGUUUCAGGGGAACAAGAAGCAUUCCUUCCUAACACACUCAGAUAGCACAAAUGACAUGGCAGGUUUGUCAACUCAGUACUUGGUGCGUUAGCAAACACAAAGCUAAACUUCAGCUAAAUCUACCAGAGCUAGUAAUUAGCUUAACCUUUGGAGCUAACUAACAUUUUAAGCUAACGUAUGGCUAACAUUAAAGCUUGUUGGCUAUUAAUAGCAGAAAUGUUGUUUUAGAUGAAUAUUUGUUUUGGUUUAUUGUCACAAAACACCAACUUUUAGGUCCUUAGAAAGGUUGUUAGUAGAAAGAAUUAGCAAAAAUAAGAUCCAAUGGGGUAAAUUGGAAUUACGUGAAAAUACAUCAAAUGCAGUUCAUGUGAUGUAACAAUAAUUGACUAAUUCCAAUAAUUCACAUUAGUAAAAUCUUAUUUCCCCAAAUGUAUUCAUAUGGAGGGAUUUUAUUUAGAAACAAAAAAAAUGUGCUAACUUGCACGUUAGCUCCGGUUACAUCGGCGCAGCUAUCAGUCUUGUUGUUGAGUGGUCAGUGAAGAGUCCAGAGAUUGAGCUUUGCUCUGAACCAAAACAGUUUCAACCAGGUUGCAAUUUAUAUGCACUGGGCCAGUUUAUUAAAAAUCAUGUAUUAUGAGUGCUAAAAUAAAAAAAUACCCUUUCUCUUCAAAGACCUAAACAAACAUUGUAGAACGACGAGGUAUUUUAACUCUGCCGCACUCAAAUAUGCAACACACCCUGUGAUAAGUUUUUACAAUAUACAAAAAGGCAAUAACAUCCACUUAUCACCUUCCCAUUAAAACCAUAACAUUGCAGGAAUUUAUACUUUUAAAUAGCCAACAGAUGUUUUCUGGCAAAGACAGGUUCCUGUCAUUGUACUGAGCCUGUGAGAAAAAGAAGCAAAUUGUUCAUGUCUUUACGUACCACAGUUAUUCAAAGUUAGUUUCUUCUGUGCUCUCCGGCUCCGUGUCCCUGUUGCCAGGCAUCUCACUGUAGCUGGAUCACUAAUGAGGAGCUUUCCUCCCACACCUUCCACUGGUUGGGAUCGUAACAGAUUCAGUUUCAGACCCACGGUGACUCACGUCUCCACCUCUCCCACCAGUCAGUUCUUUAUCUCCCAGUCAUUCCAAACCUUUCAUCGUCCCAACAAUUUUACUCUGAUCAACUCUCUCUUAUCUCGAUUUCUGUCACCCUUUCAUUCCUCUAGUUUUUCAUCCUGUACCUUGAAAUAUUUCGGUCUUUUUUUUUUCAUCAGCAGUUUGCAAUUGAACUAACCAAGAACUGUCAGAAACAACAACAAAAAGACACAGUUUUUUGCAAACUUUACUGACUAAGGGAAUCUUUUUCAAUGAUGUUAAAGCAUCUUAUCCAGGCAGGAUCCAGAGGAAGAAGGCCAUAAGGCCAUAUAGUCUUAAAGAACGAAAAUCUGCUGAAACGUCAUGAGUUGUUGUGUGAGAAAGAGUAAGGUAGACAGGUGGUUAAAAUGCAGUAGAUAAAGAAGGAUGGAGGUGAAAGACGUAGCAGGUGGCUCUAGGGAAGUGUUAAGUACCAGAUAACAGGAAUGUUUGGUUUUGCUACGGUAGAUAUGAAUCCUCGCUUGGAAAAGUUCAAAUUAGGUUUCUAUGGCAUGGUUAGAGAGAAGAAAUAUGAGUAAAUGACAGGAACAGUGAAUAUCCUAAAAACAUCUCAAGAGCUCAUUGUUGGACCAAAAUAAUCCACUGAAAUGCAAAAUCUCCAAAACGCUGAUCAUUUAUUGACUGGGUUUUUUUCCCCCAUUAAAAACUGAUGUUGGGCUACAUGAUUCAAGUUUUAGCUAAUAAGUGGUGUUUUCCAUGACGUUAUUAAUGAGACCAAAUACAUGAGUAUAUAUAAAUAUAAAUAUAUGUAUAUGUAUGUGAAAAAUUAAAAUUUUCUUACUCAUGUAGUUAGGAAACCUUCUGUUAUCUUGUUUUUGCACUGGACCUAUGUUUGACGUGUUGUAUACUGUACUCCUUUCUGCUUUGAGAUGAACGCUCUCUUAAUUUACAUUUUAUGUAAACGAGGAAAAAGAUGACAGUGAUACAACAAUAAAUAUCUUGAAGUAA